UUCCGGAUCAAAUAAAAAUCUUUCAUCCGUUGAAAACUACAAACCUGUCACUUUUUACCCAUUGUGAUGCACUAUUAGGUUUCUAUAUUGCACUUUUUCAUAAUGACAUACAAUUUUGAAUUAUUUACAAAAAUGCCAACGUUUUUUUUAUUUGCUAAAGGGUCAAAUAGGUACAUGAACUAACUUAAAGUGUUCAAUUAGCCCUUUAUAUAGGAGGUUCUGCUCGGCCGUCGCCAAUUGGGGCGGUUCCCGGUGGAAUUUUUUGAUGAUACUUUUUAAGCAUCUUCUUCAUUAAGUCUAGUUUAUUCAUACCAAAUUUCAGAUAAAUAUUCAACCGGGAAGGCAGUCAAAUGAUUUUGUGAAGAUAACUGCUCGAUCCUUGUACGUCGUGGAUAUUACCUGGAUGCUUGCAUAUAAGAGGUCAAAGAAGGACCCAAUCUACUUCACUGAUGCUGACUUACCACCUAUGCCGCUGCCGCAUAAGGACGCACUGGUAAUAAAAGUGGAAAUUAAAAUAGUAUUGUUCACCGAGUUCUCGUAGACAACGAAAGUUUGGUGAAUGUAUGUAUUAUGACAAGUUCCAGAGCCUUGGAUUAAGUAAAGCUGAUUUGAGCCCCGUUAAAAGACCGCUCUCGGGAUAUACCAGGGACUCGAUCGAUUCAGAGGGCAGUGUGGUACUUCCUGUGAUGGUAGGCUCCGCGCCUUGCAUAGCUAGGUUGAACAUCGAGUUGAUAGUCGUACAUUUGACCUGAGCGCCCAAGAUCAUCAUGGGGAGGCCCGCCUUAAUGGACUUGAAGUGCAUUAUCUCCCAGGAACACCUAUGCAUUAAGUUUUGUACCCCGAACGUGGUGGGAGUAGCACGGGGAGAUCAAUGGAUGGCACAGAGUUGUUACAUGAAAGCGUGCAAGCAGCUCGGACAGAAUGACCUUAGGGUCCACACUAUCAAUAGUAAGGCUAUGAAGUACGAGGAUGGUCAGCUCCGCAAUGAACCUACCUUCGAAGUUGAAGAAGUUCAAAUCGAUCCCAAGCAUCCAGACCAAAAAAACAAAGAUCUGUGUGGGGCUCCCAGUCGAACUAAGAAAGACGAUUAUCCAAGUCCUCCAUGUCAGCAAGUCUACCUACUCCCUUAUAGUAUAAAUAGUAGCAUUUAUUUCAUUGUAGAGGGAAAUCUCUCACAUCUCACUAGAAUUCCGGCGACGGAGUUUUGAAGCCGGCAUGUACAUGGAAAUUCUUCUCCGGAUACAUGCCAUAUGAUUUCUUCUUACAACCACAAUGAAGAAGAAAUUUAUUCGCACAACCACUACCUUUGGAAUCGUGAAAGGGGAUAUCAUUCUUAUAUCAAGCAGAAUACGCGCGCAAUUCCAAAACAGGUUCUGUAAUCAACCUUUCUUGAGACCUCCAGCUCGUUAUACUGGUGUCAAGCAAGUGUUCAGGACACACAGCAAUCCAAUACUGCACAAGACCAGACUCAAUCAAGGACACAAGACUCUGAACGAUUCAACGACGCCUACACACACACCCAGCCGAAGCAGGGGUACCGUCAACAUGAAACUUACAGUCAAAGGACAGAGGACCCAAACGAUGACAUCUGGAGCAAGGUUAAAUAUAGGAGGCGGCGAUACCCACACAUGUCGAGGCCUCAACGGAAGCCACCGGACAUCAUCCGUCCACCUGGUAUUCACAAUCGCUUUUCUUAGUUAGAUUUUGAUGACGACCUUUCUUAUUCACACAAAGCACAGUCGUUCAACUACGUAAAACCCCUCUACAGUCCUUUUAACCGAAGAGAAAGUAAAAACAACUGGAUAAGGAACAUGGGUGAUCGAUUUCAAUCAUUGAAUGAUUAUCCGCUCAACCUAUUCGACAAUCAGAUAAUUAGAGGGAUUAAAAACAACAUCAAUGAGCGAUAUUUAGAACAAGAAUCCGGCCACUCAAUCAAAACCGGACCUCACCUUUGGGACUGAAGUUACCUUGCUCAUCAGCGUCAACCGGACAGGCCACCACAAAAACCGCCCUGAAUCUGAAUGAAGGCUUGUGUUUGGUCACACACUGGGGACGAAGACACCCCAAAGACCCACCUCAGAGAAUCUGGACGCUCUACCAACCACCCAGCUCAGAGAAAGAUUGGGGUAAAGGACACGUCAAUCGCUACAGCAGUCUUCGAUUCGACGACGAACUCCCCUCCUCAUCCCUCGAUUUUGUAAUCAAAUCGGAUUAUAUGCCAAAUCUCUAUAAUAAUCAAGGAAUUAGAGGAAAGUACAACAAUCAUGAUGGGAGACGAAUCACAAACGACCUACACUGAGGGCCGGAGAAGAGUCGAUGCUUCGAGAAACAUCCACCUGCAAAAGACAACGGCGGCUGUAAUACUGAGCCAGAGAUUUCAAGGCCGGUAACUUCGGUUACCGCCGUGCCAGAAUAUGAGGCUAACAUGCCAACCACCGACAACCAGUCCAUCGAGCAGAGCACAUUGACCGGGAAAAACUCGUCGGUUCCUCCAUUCGCGUCAUCUCCAGGACCAUCGGGCAACCCAACAACCGACAAUCUGCUAGUCGAUAACAUUCGAUUGACUGGCAAAGCCAAACUCACAUGGGCAAAUCUCUUCAAGGGCUCUACAGACAAUAUGGACAGGAGGGCUGGCCCUGAAAUUGUCUCCAAUAAUCCCCCUUUUACGAUAAGUCUUGGUACAGGUGACCAAACAAGUACAUCAGGCUUACAAAAAUUGGGCAGUAGCGAUAGGUCCACGAUGAUUGUAAACGAUGAAGCGGAUUUGCUAAUAGAUGAAAGUGAAAAAACUUUGCC